ACAGAUGCUAUUCGACAAUUGUAAAAAAACCUUUGAAGCAGUCGGUUUAACUAACAUUGAAUUUGUUUAACACAUAGACCUUCGAUAACAUUUAAUCCACUAGUCCUAUUUCACUAUACACCAAGGUCAUAAAUGAAAAUGAAAAUUUCCUGUAUUUUAUUAUCAUUUAUCUGCGUAUAUGUUUUGGCAGAUAUAAGUAUAAUGGACUAUAUAGAGUCGGUUGAAAUUUCAAACGCGCAACUCCGAGAAGCUACUGACCCUAAAGUCGCUAACGGAGAGGGAUUGGAUAAUGUACUUACAAACAUGAUAGAUGUAGAACACUAUAAAAUGAAGGUUUAUAACCAAAUGUUCACUGUACCGGAACUUUCAGAAACUCACAACUUUAACCUUCUACAAGAUGCCAUAUCGAUAGAAAAAUAUACUUUGCAACCGAAAAUAUUCAAAAUUAUAGGUAUCGCUGCUGGUAAACUUAAAAAUAUUCCGGUGGAUGAUGAUAGUAACCAAAUUUCUACUAUUCCUGCUGAUACGACCAAAGGUAAAGAGACUUUAAAAUGCCCCACACUUAGCGGAAAUGCAAAAAUGUGUCUUACUGAAAGUUUUAAAAAAAUAUGUGAUCCCCAAUACAAAAAAACAUACACAGCUACUAGUUCUCAAACUUCACGAUUGAAAGAACUUGGAAAGGCGAGAAGAGAUAUUACUGGAAACGCUAUAAUAAAUGUACUUACCCAAAAACUAAGUGAUUAUGAAGCUGACUUUAAAUCGGGUGGCCGGAAGUAUCCUGUUAAAAAGAUUUGUGUUUUGAUUGGAAUAUGGGUUAGUCUAAAAAUGUCUUUAAACACGUAUCCUAUAAACAAAGAUGAUAUUUGUGAAGUACUAUUUACAAUACCUCUCAAUAGUAUUGUAAAAAUCGGAUCAUUUGAAGGCAUAUAUUAUCAACUAGAAGUAAACGCAAUUCAUAUUGUAAAGAAAAAACUAACUGUACUACUAAAAGAGAAUUUAAGUAUUCCACUUGAGUUUACACUUGAAUAA